AAAAACAACCAACACAAGAAAGAAAAACCAAAGAAAAAAAAAAGAGAAAGAAACGAAUAUACGAAAAGCAAUGGCUGACGACGGACUCCGUCGAUUAGUUUUUGUGUUAUGUGCAAAGAACUAAAAAAUCUUUUAAAUUUCUAAAUCUUAUUGAAAAAAAGUUCGGAUAAAUUCCGAUAAAUUAAAUGUAUUCAAUUAUAAUUGCAUUAUAACCCUAACUAGAAUAAAAAUGGAUAAUAAACAAUUAUCAAAUGAAAAUGUAGUGGUUCCAGAAUUAUACUUUCUGAUAUCAAAAUUUCUCGCAGCUGGACCUCUAAAGGAAACUGCAAAGGUCCUUGUUAAGGAGCUUGAACAAAAAAAGGUUCUACCGCGACGCACCGACUGGCUGGGCAACGAACAUGACCAAUCCUUUGAUGAGUUGGAAAGUAAAUAUUCUCAUAUCGGAGCCAAUCAUUUGCUGGAAAUAUGUGCUCGUAUUGGGCCAAUUCUUGACAAUGAACUCACCCCUGCGGUUCCCGGUAUUGUGUCCCUUCUUGGCAGUGGACGACAAAGUUUAAUGAGGACAAAAGAUAGUAUCUAUAAACCAAGAUCUCUACUUGAUUAUUGUACCAGAGUACAUGGAGUAUCUUUGCCUGAUUCUGCAGUGUCCAAACCAACUCAUAACUUAGAAAAAGUUCUUAUUGGUCGGGAAUAUGGAGGACCAGUUCGAAGAAAACUUGUUAUUCCAACAAGUUUAUACGGGAAAACACGUCUUUUGCGUCGCACCGUUGGACAUUUGUCUUCGGUUUAUUGUGUACUUUUUGAUCGGACUGGUCAAUACAUUAUUACCGGUGCUGAUGAUUUACUUAUUAAAAUAUGGAGUGCAAUAGAUGGCAGACUUCUAGCUACCCUUCGCGGAGCUUCGGCUGAAAUAACAGAUAUUGCAAUCAAUUUAGACAACACAAUGUUAGCCGCCGGCUCCUUGGAUCGUAUUCUCCGUGUAUGGGACCUUCAAACCACAUCUCCCAUUGCGGUACUUUCUGGACAUACAGGAAUGAUAACAUCAGUUAAUUUUUGUCCAUCACCUCGAGGUGAUCUAAAGUACUUAGUAACAACAAGCACUGAUGGCUCCAUUGCUUUCUGGCAAUACACAACUCCCAGGGCUGGAAAGACAAUCUUUGCCCCAAAACCAAUACAAUAUCAUGAAAAAUUGCGCCCCGGCCAAGCUCAAAUGAUGUGUACCUCAUUUUCUCCAGGAGGAAUGUUCUUGGCCGCUGGAUCAGCAGAUCAUCAUGCCAGAGUUUAUAUCAUGUCAGAAGAUGGUCCCAAGAGGAUACUUGAAACUGAAGCAUACACUGAUGCUGUUGAUUCAGUUCAAUGGGCCCAUCGGGGACUUAAAUUCAUAUCUGGCAGUAAAGAUGGAACUGCACACGUUUGGACUUUUGAAUCUCAGCAGUGGAAGAGUUUAAAAUUAAAUAUGACUGAACGGUUAUCAACAUGUCCAGAACCAGAAGAGGGUAAAAAGUUGAAGGUAACAAUGGUUGCUUGGGACUACUCCGAUAAAUAUGUAAUAACUGCUGUCAAUGAUUUCACGAUCAAAAUUUGGCAUGCUAAAACUGGGAAGCUUCAUUGCGUCCUUCGUGGUCAUAAAGAUGAGCUUUACGUUUUGGAAUCAAAUCCAAAAGACGAGUAUGUGUUACUAUCCGCUGGUCAUGAUGGUCAGGUUUUCCUCUGGGACAUAGAACAGGGAAUUUCCGUAGCACAUUUCGUAAACAAUAUCGAUGGACAAGGUCAUGGUGGUGUUUUCGACGCUAAAUGGUCCCCAGAUGGAACAAUGAUUGCGGCCACAGAUUCUCACGGGCAUAUACUUAUCUUUGGAUUGGGAAUUGGUCCAGAUAGAUUUAAAAAUCUACCAACUGAGCUAUUCUUCCAUACAGAUUACCGACCACUUCUACGAGAUACACAACAUUAUGUAGUAGAUGAGCAAACACAAAUCAUGCCCCAUCUUAUGCCGCCACCAUUCUUGGUCGAUGUCGAUGGCAAUCCACAUCCACCCGCCUAUCAAAGACUAGUUCCAGGAAGGGAAAACUGUCCAACCGAGCAAUUGGUACCUAAUAUAACAAUGGGCAUGGAAGGAGUUGAAAUUGACGAUAAUGGUGGCUACUCACAUAUCGACCGACUUAUUGAAGCAUUGGCGAAUCGACAAGGAGCCGAUCCCGUUCCAGAUUCAAACAAUGAACGCCAGCGUAACAACAGUUUUAAUAAUGGUAGUGGAAAUUCUCCCCGUGGAGCUGGUUCAAUCGGGCGAGCUCUGGUCGCUGCAAGACGCACUGGCGAUGUAGAAGGUGUACGCCAAAGUGUUGGUAAUUGGCAAAGAGAAACCAACUUUAAGUUUAUACGUCGAAUAUAUGUGCGACCAAUGAAAUAUUCCCAAAUGCAAAAUCUUAGACAAACUGUAUAUGCGGCUGGUCAAUAUGAAAUGGAUCAAUAUAAACGAGAAAUGCGAAGACGUCCGAUUAUGAUAAAUACAUUAAAUGCAAAUACAGCAAUGGAAUCGUCAAAUCGGCAAAGAGGUAUUCGUAGUGCUCGUCGAGGACCACGUCCUGCAUAUCGUACUAGAGCUGUGCGAGGUCAAGAACAUGUCGAAGAACCACCUGAAGAAGAGGAAGAAGAAGAGGAUAGCAGCAAUUCAUCGGGAGAUACAAGUUAUUCCAAUGUGGAGGAAAAUCUAAGUGAAGAAGAGGAAUCAUCCACCACUGAUUCGGAAUCAUCUGAUUACUCUGAUUGGGUUGCUGAUAAACCUGGACCAAAUCUUGAACCUCCUAAACGGUCUAAACGUAAACCAGUUGCAAGAAGAAGUUCAUCCGUUAGUAGUGAUGAUACAUCACAGCCUAAUCCAUCGUCUAUUCCAUCAAAGAAUCGCCGCAAACGCCCAAUUUUACCAGAAAAUAUAACUGGAGAAAUUCCAGAAGCUUAUAAGCCUCCAGAAUGGCUUUCGGAGGUAAUACCUCGUAAAACUCCAUACUAUCCGCAAAUGGGAGAUGAAGUUGUCUAUUUUCGGCAAGGACAUCAGCGCUAUCUGGAUGCUGUGCGAUCGAAAAAAGCUUAUAAACUUACUCACAGUUCUGAGCCAUGGAAUUUUCGAGAAUUACGCGAACAUGAAUUGGUGCGUGUUAUUGGAAUAAAAUAUGAAAUUAAACCUCCAAGACUUUGUUGUCUAAAAUUGGCAAUGUUAAAUGAUGAAGGAAAUAUGUCUGGUAGUAGUUUCAAAAUUAAAUACCACGAUAUGCCUGAUGUUUUAGACUUCUUAGUACUGCGACAGACAUUUGAUUUGGCAGUCCAACGCAAUUGGGGAAUUGGAGAUCGCUUUAGAUGCAUGAUUGGAGAUGGUUGGUGGAUGGGUCAAAUUGAAUCCCGACAUUUGCUUUCACCCGAAUAUCCUAGCUCGUAUUUUAUGUGUUUUCGUGUUCGAUGGGACAAUGGAGAAUAUGAGUACAUGAGUCCAUGGGAUAUGGAACCCAUUGAUGAAAAUCGUUUACCUGAUGAAGUCGGUGGGGCUGUCUCAGUUCUACCAGAAGAAAUUCGUGCUACUCUAUACCAACCUAAAUCAGAAGAAUGGCAUCGUGGUGAUAGAGAUGGAUCUUGCCGCAGAAUUAUUAAUGGCUUGGAACAAGUUAUGCGCUUAUCUAUAGCUGAGCCAUUCCUUGCUCCAGUCGACCUUAAUAUAUACCCAAAUUAUGCAUACUUAAUUGAAUACCCUAUUGAUCUGACAACAAUUAAAGCAAGGUUUGAAAACCAUUUUUAUCGUCGCAUUACAUCUGCUCAAUUCGAUGUAAGAUAUCUUGCAACAAAUGCUGAAAAAUUCAAUAGAAAGCAUACAACUAUAGUGCGACAUGCAAGAAUUAUUACUGAUUUAUGUCUACGAAUUAUAAGAGAACAAAAUGAUAUCGAUGUUGCGCCUGUUUAUCACCAAUUAGUUGACAUUUAUGUUUCGUCAGAAUCAGAGAAUGAUAACAAUGAAAAUGAGCCCGGGCCCUCAACAAGCACUGCAGGUCCAUCGAGUUCAGCUAGCCGCAGAAAUACUAGUGGUAGUAGUACAAGAAAUCUGCAUAAUCGUGACGAUGAUUCAUGGCAAGCAGACUGUAGAAAACUUUUAGAUAUGAUGUGGCUUCGGCCAGAUUCAACACCUUUCCGCGAGCCAGUUGAUACAAUGCAGUUUCCCGACUAUUUGCAAAUUAUUGAUACGCCAAUGGAUUUGCGUACGGUUAAAGAAGAUUUACUUGGCGGUAAUUAUGAGGAUCCAGUUGAUUUUGCAAAAGAUGUCCGGCUGAUAUUUCAAAACUCUAAGAACUACAAUACAAAUAAGAGGUCUCGCAUUUAUUCAAUGACACUUCGUCUGAGUGCACUCUUUGAAUCACACAUCAAAAAAGUAAUAUCAACUUGGAAGGCAGUUCGACGGCGUUUGAAUAAAUCUUUAAAUAAACGCACACCCCCCGAUCGAAGUCGAAAUCGUUCUGGUCCUUCACGACGAGCAAAAACUACCACAAAUGGUGGCAGAACAAACAGUCGCCAUCACAGUUCUGAUGAUGAUGAUGACGCUGAUGAGGAAACGACGCAGCGUCACACAUCUACGGGAAAUGGUAUACAACAUCGUAGCAGCAAUCGCAACAGAUUACCGCGAAAUGCAUCUAAUUCCCAUGCAUCGACCGCGUUUAGCUCAAAUAGAGUCACAUCGUCCAACCAAACCGAAUCACUGCCUGGUCCAAGUGGCCACAAUUUACGUCGUAAUGCAUCCCGACCCAAUAGCCAAGAGGUUGACGGUCAAAGUUCAGAUGAAUCGAGUUCUAUGACUAGUGGUUCAUCGUCGUCUUCAGAGGAUGAUAGUGACAGUCAUGAUCAUAAUCAAGGUGGCGAAGUUAAUAAAUUUCGAUCCCCGAAAAAAAGUAGUAGUGCAGGUGGUCCCGGACCUUCUUGCAAUCGCAACAGAGGGAACGAUUCAGAGGACAGCUAUAAACCGAACGAGCGACGCAAAAGUACAAAAAGAAAAGCGCCGAAAAAGAAACGUGAAGCUAAAAGUCGACGAAGAAUUGUUUCCGAUGAUGACGACGAUGAAGUUGAUGUUGUUAAGGCGCGAGGACGAAAUAAAACAAAGCAAACCGGUACGAGUAAUGCCAGUCCAAAUAAGAGAAGUUAUCGUAGGAAGGCCAACACAUCAGAAGAAAAUAAUGAUCAGAAUUCUGUUGAUGAAGAUGGGCCAUCUGGAUCGACAAAUCAGCAGACACCAAAGAAAAAAACAGGUCGAUCUUUAAAGCUAUCACAACAGCAGCCGUCGACAUCUGCAGCAGCAAUAGCUGCAGUUUCUGUGCAGCCGGUUGAAAAUGAAAGUCCCUCAAGAGCUACUCGAAUAAGUAAUCGCCGUUCGGCAGCUGAAACAGAUCAUAGCUAUCAUUUACCAGUUCGAAAUUUGCGCAAUGUAGUUGUGGAUUCAGAGACUGAUCAAGAAGUGCCACGGCCUACAAGACAAAGUGCUAGAAGAGCAAUUAUGGAAUGGGCUCGUGGUAGUGCUGAAGAGGAUGAAGAUAACGAUGUCGAACAUGGGGAAGAGAAUAUUCAUAAAAGAUCACGUGGUAAUGCACGCGUUGUAAAGAAAACUUCAGAUUCUAGCCAGGAAGCGGGUGGUAGUAGUGUUAUAACAAAUGGAGGGGUUUUAAAUCUGCCUUCAACAAGUCGUGCAGCAGUACCGACAACAUCGCGCCAGUUGAGAACAAAUCGCAACACCAAUGUCGUUUCGGAAGAUGAUGAUGAGAGUGAUAACGAACCACUUGCGUCAAGCCAAAAUAGUCAGCGACAGCGGUUAGAUGACCUUCAUGGCAGACCUUACACCCGAAAUGCCAGAUUACAACCAACAACAACAGGUACCCGCAGCACUCGUUCUCACACGACAACAACAAAUCAGGAUGCAAUACCUUCUUCUUCUUCGUCAAAUCUUUUGCGAUCUACUGCCAGCAUUUCACACCAGGUACAAAUUGAUCAUAAUUACGGUGAGCCUGGUCCUUCUUCCAUUCGUAACACUCGACGAGUUCUAUCUCGUCACCAGCGCAAUGCGGAUGAACUUGAUCUUAUAGAGGAUCCACUCGAAAUGUCAAGCAUCAUCGGAAAUGUAUCCUCUCGUCUUCGAUUGCGUAACAAUGUGAAUAGCACAACACCCCAAGACCUGCCACAAGUAGUAGUAGUCCCUAGACGUGGACGAUCACGAUACAGUCAAGAAACUAGCGCAACAGAAGUAGACGUUGAAGAGGAAGACGACGACGACGAUGACGACGAAGAAGAAGAUGGAAAUACUGGAGUUUCUGAUGAGGGCACAGAUGGUGGAUCUAAGGAUUCUGAUUCUGACGACAACCAACCACUCACGUCUUUUGUUCCAGCGCGAAAUACUCGACCACCACCAAAUCGGCGUCCAACAGUAGCAUCAGCCACAGCAGUAACAAAUAAUAAUAGAAAUAUCCGCCAUAUACCUCAGCGUAGAAAACGAAAUAUAAACUCCGAUGAAGAUGACGAUGAUCCUGGAUUUGAUGACGAUGAUGAUGAUGACGAUUACCAGGGUGGUGGAUCACAACAACAAAGGGGAUCGCGUAAUACUCGCAAUCAAAAGAGACCUCGCUAUAAUGAAGAAUCAGAUGAUACUGCUGAUAGUCGUAUGCGACGGAGGGUUCCUUUAAGACAUUCGAAUGGAAACACAGUAGCGCCACCAGCAGCAGCAGCAGCAGAUAGUAACGACGAUGAACAAGUUGAUAGCGAUAACAAUGAGGCAGUAGUUAGUGUUAGUAGUAGGGGACGAGUGCGUAAGAUUUCUGCCAAGGCAAGGGGAAUAUUUAGGGACUAGCAAUCACCUACCCGGUCGGCCACAGAUGCCCACCGUCAAGUUGCAUCAGCAUCAUCUGUUGAGAGUGGUUCAACUCACAAUAGCAGUGCAAGUGCAAGGAAUACGUUCUUGCUUUUCUAUUGAUUAAACAAAAAUACAAAAAAAAAAACAAGCACGAACCAUUAUAUUCCACCGAUUAAUUUUCUUCUUGGUUAAGUUUAACGUCA